AAUUCCGAGACAGUUUUUAUGCCAAACCCCGCCCUAAAAACAUUCGUAUCAACACAACGUCACUGGUGUAUGAAAUGGUUGAUUUAAUCAAGGAGUGAGGACGAUACUUUACAGCCGUUUUCAAUAUGGAUGUUCGUGUGUUUUUGAUAUUGUUGGUUUGUGCGAAACUGGGUUGGUCGUGGAAGAUGUGCUACGUGUGUUCGGGCCAGUAUCCGGAUCAGUCGUGUAUCCGGUAUCCGCAGCUGGGAUCCCAGGUGAACUGUACCAGGAAACACUGCACAGUCUCCGCCCGCUAUAUGCUAAAACCAGGGGCCUCAUAUGCCCCAAACACUCUGGGUCCUGACGACUAUCAGACCAUGUCCAUCUCAAGGUCCUGUGAAAAUGUGGACUUCGGCAACAAGUGCGUGAAGGACUGGAGGGGCCCCCACAUGACGUGUUAUACCACGUGCUUCAACAGCUUCUGUAACCACGGCAUCCGGGCACCUGGCAAGGACAUGUUUCCGGGUGCCGAAAGCACGAGUGCUGACACCAAGAUUGAGCAAUCAAAGAGUGUUGUUGUCAACCCGCGCCCCGAUAAUACAAUCACCGAGGACCAGCCUGCUGCCCCAAGUAGCGCCAAAUCCGAGGCUGGUUACAUAGGAGGGUACCCUUCUGAGAACGGCCAGCAAGUCAACCAACACUCCAAACGUCAACAGCACAAGUCACGUGACGUUUCCGCUUCAGAGGAUCGUCAUGGAAACUCUGCUUAUCCGAAGGACUCGCCUGAAUCUAAUAGAUCUCUCCCUGGUCCACGGAAUCCGCAAAAGGAAAUGCCCGAAAAAGACAGAAAAAGCAAUUCCAAGGAAACUGCUCCCGGAGGACGAAAGGCACUUGGACGGGGCCAGAACGACAGUCAAACGAAAAGCGGUUCGUCAAAACAAUACGGGGCCUUCUCUUAUUUCGCUGUUUUCGUUACAAUGAUGUACUGCUUGAUGGUUUUGAAUCACUAAAUUCUGUCGAAUAUUUGCAAACUGAACUAAUAAAGAUACGUCGAUUAAUAUCUUUAUCAUCAUGUAACUAUAAAUGGCGAUUUUACUGCUCAUUUGUGAAUUAAUUUUACACUGAAUAUCAACAUGAAAAAAAAGACUGCUAUGAAGUUGCAAGAAACAAAUGCCUACGUCCCAAAGAGGAAAUACAAUUUUAGGCACCUCAAGAAAAAUGAUAAUCGGUAAAUAACCGUUGAUGCUAUGAUUUGCAAGUGAUUUGAUUGUGAAUAUCAUUAGACCAUGUGUUAUUCGAAGUUUGUAAACUGA